CUCAGCAAAGAUAUAACUGCUAUUGCUAGUAUUGCUGAAUCCUUGCUUACAUCAAUUUCAGAGAUCGUUGAAUCUGUAACAUGCAUAGAACUAGAAAAGGAAAACUUCGCUGAAAUUGGAUGCUACCUUUACCGAGUUUUCCCAGUCAUAAUAGAGUUGCAGACAACUGAGCACGCACCAAAAAAUGCAAUGGAAAUCCUUCAAUCUCUAUCCAGAAGCAUCACUGAAGCCAAGGAUCUUGUAAACAAAUGCCAAAGAUGCACCAACUCAAAUUCUGACUCUGAACUGAAAAGCACCAUAUCACAACUAGAAUGGGUGAUAAAAGACAUGGGCGAAUGCCUGAGCUCGAUACCUUCAUCAACAUUUCAGGACCAAGAAUAUGCAGAAGUUGCUGUCCAAGCUCUUUCAAAUGAAAUGUUGAGUGCUCACUUUGAAGUUGGCAAAAGCCAAGUGUUGCGGACCAAAGACCUGGAUCCACACAAGCUUUUCUCAGAGGAGGAACAAAAUGAAGGACCUGUAACAGUAGAGUCAGAUCUCUACCCUGCCAGUGUUGAAGUGUCCACAGAUAACUCUCGGGUCUUAAACACUCCAUACUUUGUAGAAUUCCUGAAAACCACAAGUUUCAGCAGGCCAAUGAAACACAAUAGCAGCAGCGGCAGCUCAUCUACAUCAUUGUCAAAUAUGGCUGACCAUAUAGAGCCUUUGUAUCAAACUUUCUACUGUCCAUUAACGAAGCAGAUCAUGGAUGAUCCAGUGACCAUACAAAGUGGAGUGACAUAUGAUAGGAAAGCAAUUACUGAGUAUUUGGAAGAGUUCAAGAACUCACAGGAAAUUUUCUGCCCAACCACAGGGCAGAAGUUGCUGAGCAGAGUUCUAAGAACCAACGCAGCUCUGAAGGCUACAAUAGAAGAAUGGAAAGAAAGAAAUGAGGUAGCAAGGAUAAAAUUUUCGCGUUCAGCUUUAGUUUUGUCUGCUUCACCGGGGAUGGUGCUUGAAGCAAUAAGGGAUUUGCAAGACAUCUGCAAAAGGAAACAACAUAAUAAGAUACAAGUUCACAAUGCUGGAAUACUUCCAUUGCUUUUUAAGCUUCUGGAGUACAAAGAUAGAGAUGUUAGACAUGCAGCACUGGAGUUAUUACGAGAAUUGACAAAAGAGGAUGACGAUUCCAAGAUAAUGAUUUCUGAAAUGGUGGACAUUUCAACAGUAAUCAAGACAAUGUCAAGCGGUCACCAGCCUGUAAGGCAUGCAUCAUUACUACUGCUACUUGAGCUAUCAAGUUCUGAAUCAUUGUGGGAGAAAAUUGGGUCAGUUCCUGGAGGAAUUCUGAUGCUGAUCAGGAUUAAAUACAAUCAGUCCGUCGAUGCUUUCUCUUCAGAAAAAGCAGAUGAAAUCUUAAAGAAUCUAGAGGGGUCUCCAGAAAAUAUCAAGCAGAUGGCAGAAAAUGGACUCUUGGAACCCCUUCUAAAGCAUCUCACUGAAGGUUCCGAGGAGAUGCAGACAGAAAUGGCAGAAUACCUUGGGGAAUUUGCACUUGGAAAUGACAGCAAAACUUAUGUGGCUGAAAAGGCUUCGCCUCCUCUCAUCAAAAUGGUGCAUAGUGGAAACACUCUGACCAGAACAGCAGCAUUUAAAGCUCUAGCACAAAUUGCAUCCUACCAUCCUAAUGCCAAAAUACUUGCAAAAUCUGGAAUAGUUCAGAUUAUGGUUGAAGAGAUUUUCAAUCGAAGAAUCUAUGGUGAACCAAUAAACUCAAAAAUUGAAGCUGCUGCAAUACUUUCAAAUAUCUUUGAGGCAGGGCUUGACCUUGAGAACCUCCAAGUAAAUUCUCACGGCCACAGGUUAGAUUCAGGCUAUGUUCUGUAUAACAUAGUUGACAUGAUCAAGCUUUCAACUCCCGAUGAACUCAACAUCAACCUCAUUAGAGUUCUUUUGUGCCUGGCUAAGUCUCCCAAAUCAAUGAGCACCAUUGUCGCUAUGGUCAAAGAGAGUGAAGCAAGCUAUACCCUGGUUGAACUCCUCAAUAACCCCCAUGAAGAAGUUGGGAUCGCAGCAAUCAAGCUACUCAUCGCACUCAUACCUUACAUGGGACACAGUAUAGUAGAGAGACUAUGCAAAACUGCAGGUCAACCUGAGAACUUAAUCCUUGGCCGAAAUGAAACAACCCGAAUCACACAGAAGGAGGCAGUUUCAGCAAUAUUUCUUGCUAAACUCCCCCACCAGAACCUGACACUAAAUCUUGCUCUUCUAAGCAAGAAUACAGUCCCUACAGUCCUGCAACAAAUCAAUCAAAUCCAAAGAACUGGUAUAAGAACAAGCAGGUAUGCAAGUCCUUACUUGGAAGGACUAGUUGGCAUUCUAGUCAGAUUCACAACCACUCUUUACGAACCUCAAAUUCUGUUUCUUGCAAGAAACUACAGCUUCACCUCAGUAUUUACAGAACUGCUCAUGAAAACAUCAAGCGACGAAGUUCAGAGGUUAUCAGCAAUUGGCUUGGAGAAGCUCUCGUUGGAAUCCAUAAAUUUAUCAAAACCACCAGAUAUAAAGAAAACCAAGUUCUUGAAACUCUUCUACCUACCAAAAUUCCCAUCUUCCAGUUCAUCAAAGAAGAGAAAACUGCCAGUCUGCCUGGUACAUAGAGGGGCUUGUUCCUCGCAAAACACGUUCUGUUUAGUUGAUGCAAAAGCAGUGGAGAGAUUGCUGGCAUGUUUGGACCACGAGAAUGUUGAGGUUGUUGAAGCUGCAUUGUCAGCAAUAUGUACUUUGUUAGAUGACAAAGUCGAUGUCGACAAGAGUGUUGCCAUGUUGUGUGAAGUGAAUACCAUACAGCAUGUUCUGAAUGUUGUUAAAGAACACAAGGGAGAGGGUUUGUGGCAAAAAUCCUUCUGGUUAAUUGAUAGAUUCUUGGUGAAAGGAGGGAACAGGCCUGCUUCUGAUAUAUCACAGGACAGGUUGCUGCCUGCCACUUUGGUCAGUGCUUUCCACCAUGGGGAUAUUGAUACAAGGCAGAUGGCUGAGAAGAUCUUGAGGCGGUUGAAUAAGAUGCCUAAUUUCCGUACGUCCUACUACACUAUGUAG